CCUGGGGCUGUUCCGGCCCUCGCCUCUCGAUCUUUAAGCCCGUGUGGCUGGCCUGGGGCUGGAACCGAUGGCGGCGGCGACGGCGGACGGGCCGGGAACUGGGGAUGACCGAUCGGGGGCCGAGCUGGCCCAAGUCCUGAGCGCGCUGGGGGGGUACCGCGUCUACGCUCGCCGCUGGGUCUUCCUGCUGGUGCUCAGCCUGCUCAGCUGCUCCAACGCCACGCUGUGGCUCAGCUUUGCGCCCAUAGCCGACACUGUUGCCAAGCACUUCUCCCUGUCCUUAGAGCAGAUCAACUGGCUCUCACUGGUCUACUUUGUGGUGUCCAUCCCAUUCGGCAUGGCAGCCAUCUGGGUUCUGGACUCUGUCGGGCUCCGCAGUGCGACUGUCCUGGGUGCGUGGCUGAACUUCCUCGGAAGUGUGCUCCGCGCUUUGCCCUGCAUGGACCUUUCGAUCCAGACUCCGUUUUCCUUCCUCCUGGCGGGGCAGAGCCUCUGUGCCCUGGCCCAGACCUUGGUUGUCUUCUCUCCGGCCAAGCUGGCUGCCCUGUGGUUCCCUGAGCACCAGCGAGCCACAGCCAACAUGAUCGCCACCAUGUCAAACCCCCUGGGUGUCCUGCUGGCCAAUGUGCUGUCACCUGCUCUGGUCAAGGAGGAGGGCGACAUCCCCUGGAUGCUCGGCGCCUAUGUGAUACCUGCUGGCAUCGCCUGCCUGCUGGCCACCGCGUGCCUCUGGGAGAACGUGCCUCCCACCCCUCCCUCGGCCGCCGCUGCCAGCUCCACCUCAGAGAAGUUCCUUGACGGGCUGAAGCUGCUGGUGCGGAACAAGGCUUACCUCAUCUUGGCGCUGUGCUUUGGGGCCGGCAUCGGGAUCUUCUCCAGCUUCUCUGCCCUCCUGGAACAGAUCCUUUGUGUGAAAGGCUACUCCAAUGAUUUUGCAGGCCUCUGUGGGGCCCUCUUCAUCACGUUUGGGUUCCUGGGGGCGCUGUGUCUUGGCCGGUACGUGGACCGGACCAAGCACUUCACCGAGGUCACCAAGAUUGGCUUUUGCCUGACCUCCAUGGCCUGUGUGGCCUUCGCUGUGAUGAGGGCUUCCCUGAGCCCAGCACCCUGCCCUCCUAGCCCCACACCCUGCACAGCCAGUAGGGGUGGGCUUCAUCCAGGACCAGUCCAGGUCUGGGGUGUUGGGGUGUGUCCGGCAGCCUUGCCCUCUGUGAGCCUGCGCUUGCUCCAGGUGUCCCAGCUACCGGGACAGACCAUCUGGCUGGCCAUCAUCUGCUCCCUGUUCGGAUUAUUUGGCCUGUCCCUCGCACCCAUUGCCAUGGAGCUGGCUGUAGAGUGCUCCUUCCCUGUGGGUGAGGGCGCUGCCACAGGCCUGCUCUUUGUGCUGGGGCAGAUUGAAGGCGCGCUCAUCAUGGUGCUGCUGACCAUGCUGACUGUGCGCCGUGCUGAGCCGUCCUUCUCCACCUGCCAGCAUGAGGAGGCCCUGCUGGACUGGAUGGUGUCCAUGUUGCUGAUGGCCAGCCUGUGCGCCGCAUGCAGCUGCGUGUUUGUGCUCUUCUUCCACACCCCGUACCGACGCGUACAGCUGGAGGCCAGCGCCUACCCCUCCAUCCAGGAGGAUUAUGUCCAGGGGGGCGCUGACCCUGCCCCGCCACGGGAGCCACACCCUGAGCCCCCAGCACCGCAUCGGCAGCCGGCUCUGCACGGAGGUGUUGGAGAGUGUGUUUCCAGACGCUGUUCUGGCUCUGCAGCCCCUGGGGAGCCCUGACUCCGAAGAGCCCCAGGACCCCGGAGAUGUCAAGAUCACGUCCACAGGCGAAGGGAGCAAGGCCGGGUGUUAAUCUCUCAGGACAAGAAGUGGGCCAGGGCCUUUCCUGAACAGGAGGCUGGCUCUCAUCAGCUGUGCCAGGGAGAUGCCCUGUGACAGUCAUGCCAAGAGCCUGGCACACGGAUGCUGGCACCCAGAGAUGCACAGGGACUCGGCAUGCCCAGUGCAUGCCCCGUGGCCUCAGCCCAAGGCAGAUGCUGUGGCUGCGGCAAGAGGAGCUACUGCAGUGUGGACGUGGCCACAGGACACCUUGGUGCCUAGACACAGGACGGCCAGUCCCUGGGAGGGUUGGUGUAGGGAGCCAGACUGGGGGCAGGGCCGAGGGGGUGCUGGGUGGGU